AUGUCGGUUACUAGUUUGCAAACAGCCACUUCGCCAACCUGUUUUCUAGAACAGUCUGCCAACAGCUCUAGGAGCGCACCGACCAAGAUCACCCUGGCCAGGGCCACGCGGAGAAGAGUGUCAAGUAUGAAAGGUCUGCUGCCACUUACAUUAUCAUCGACAUCGCCUUGUUCGAGUCUCAAUAGCCAGCUACCUGACGAAGCUUUGGAGCAGCGAGUGGACGACUAUUUUCCAGAACUACUUGCCCGAGACCUGGAAAUAUCCACACCAAUCUUUGAAGCCAAAAGCAUGACAGCUGGACCGCCUAUUCCGCCUACUGCUUCGUCAUUCAAUGGCCAUGUGGACAAGCCAAAGGUCGCUACGGUUCCUUUUCGGCCUACUUUUUCGCCAUAUCAGUCCGCUCAUCUACGCGUCCAGGCUCUUGGAUCUAUCCAAGAGCGACACUCAAUGGUAUCCUUCCUUGACCAGCAAGAAAGCGACCGAUUACACGACAUGACAUCUGAUUCCUGCUCUGCAACUGAGACCGAGACUUCAUCGAUAUAUUCUGCAGAGCCCCCCUCAUUUCUGGUACCGCAUCUGUCCAUACACAAGAGAGUAUCGAAGCUGCAGUUGGCAAACGAGAAGCCCCCUUCAUCAAACAUAUCGCCAAUAUCGCGAUCUGAGGGUUCCCGGCAUGAUAGCAGUUGGAUCGAAGCUGAUUCAGACGCUGAAGACGAGUACAGGGAAGAGGCUGGGAUUUAUAGCACUGUGCUUCACCUUUCGCCGAGGCCGCCAACGCCGCCAGAAUUCGAAGCCAGCAGUGGCUCUAUUUCUGUAGGCGGAAGCACGCAUAAAUAUCUGCAUCGAAAGGCGCAUUCAGUCACAGGGUCCUCGGGUAUCGCGCCACCACCGCUAGGGCAACACUUGAGCAACUCGAUGGCACAGACGUGGCGGCCUAACUCAACGCAGUACCCUGGGCAGAUGCGGUAUCCCGACAGCCCAGAAAGCCUCUAUCUGCCUAUGCCACAAUGUACGCCUUCCAUACCAUCGUUACAGAGCCCACAGUAUCCACCCGAGAGUGGUCUCUCCCGGCGUACAAGCAAUACGUCGAUCAAGAAACGGGCUGGCAGUCACGCGGCUGAGGCUGCGUCAACGACUUACGAGCGUGCUACGCCAGAGUACAAUCAUUUCGUGUCUUGCAUCGAUACAAAACAGGCGCCCAGAUACGACGGUGUCUACAUCCGCCCCUCACCCCCUCCGUCGCCUCUCCCCAGUGUGCAAAUGUGGCUCAACGGGAGCGCGCAGCUUUUUUCGUUACCUUUUCAAAGCGAUGAGCUGGCUCGUGUAGUUCCCCUACCACCCAAUGUCAUGGAGAACCUGAGGGUAAACACGGCGUGUUUUCCUGACACGAUGCUCGACUCAUCCAGCUUAACUAUUGAUACAAUCCGAGCCUACUCCAGGAAGGCUAGACAUCCUGCAACAGAUACCUCUCCUCUUCCCAGCCCUCAAUUCCCAACUACUCCAUCGAGACAGUCAUUGUGGAGAAGAGUUGUCAAGAGAGGGUCACAGAUGCCUCUCAAGACGCGCGAUCCGCAUGCCGCUGGUGGUGCAAAUAACCUGCAAUCACCUAGCUCAAGCUCCCUGGAAUCUCCCAAGCCGUGGGCAUCAAUCAAGAAUAUAUUUGGCAAUUGCUCUGACUACAUCUGUGAAGCACUCUAUUGCCACAUUGUCGCCUACAAUUACAUAUCUGCUCUUGUUGCCCGAUUUCCGGCGCCAAUGGCCCCCGGACGCUCAUGCUCGCCCAUAGAAUUACAGGGCGAUGAUAUUCCUAGAAAGGCAGCAUCUCUUCUUGGUCUCAACGAGGCAACAACCGUGACUUCGGCGGCAUCUGUUCGCUCUGCAAAAAGGAACAGUUUCACGCAAUGGGGCAAGGAUGAUGGGAGGAGUGCUAGCCCAGUGGGUACUUUUGCAAGCCAGGACAUGGCCAUCAGAAACAUUCAGACAGAGCUGCUGCGGUGCAUACGACGCCUUAUUGCGGCCGCCAGAUUGAUGUCCGAAAGUGGAGCGGCGGGAGAGAAAGUGGUGGAGAUGGACAUGGAGGAUGCAGAUGUGCUGCUGUUGCGCAGUCUCUGCGAAAUUGUCAGGGUAAACGAAGAGGUGGCAUAUAUACUCUAA